CCACGAGCACAUGACUAACGGGCAGUUAGUUACACUAUUUAAAGGAGUCAAGUCAUAGCCUUCUACACAUCUUUGCGCCAAACCUCAUGAUGUCACCCAUGAAGUAUUUAGUCGUGCUCUGCUUACUUGCUGGUGCAUCAUAUGCUGCUGAGGUCUGUUUAGGGGAGCUUGGCUGCUUUAACGACCUGCCUCCAUGGGGGGGCACUUCGCAGAGACCGGCCAGUGUCCUGCCAUGGCACGCUGAACAGAUGGGCACUCGUUUUCUUCUAUUCACCCAGAGGAAUCGCUACUACCAGGAGCUCAAGAUCGACAAAACCAUCCACGCUUCUAACUACGCUGGUACGAGAAAGACUCGAGUCGUCAUUCCUGGUUAUCUGCAAAACGGAGAGGAGGAUUGGCCCCAAGAGCUGUGUAAGGACAUGAUGAAGUGGGAGAAUAUCAACUGCAUCGCUGUGGAGUGGAAGAAAGGAAUAAAGUGUCAGUACGCACAAGCAGCCAAUAACGGCAGGGUUUUGGCUGCCCAGGUGGCAUCCAUGCUGACAUUUCUCAUGGGGAACUACAAGCAGACAGCUGAGAAGUUCUACAUCAUCGGUCACAGCCUUGGUGCUCACAUUGCUGGAGAAAUUGGUAGCAAGAUCAGCGGCCUUGCUCGUAUCACAGGACUUGACCCAACCGAACCUUAUUUCAGUGACACAAAUGCGGCCGUCCGUCUGGACACGACUGAUGCCACCUUUGUCGACGUCAUUCACACUGACGGAUCUCCGUUUAACACCAAACUGGGUCUUGGUAUGUGGCAGCCAAUAGGCCACAUUGACUUCUACCCCAAUGGAGGGACAGUGAUGCCUGGCUGCAAGACUAACAAAGGAACAGCAAAAGACCUGGAUGCUGUCUGGGAAGGUACCAAACCGUACGACGCCUGCAAUCAUGUCCGUGCCUACCAGUACUACAUGGAGAGUGUACUCAAAUCCCAGGGUUUUGUUGGAUUUCCUUGCUCUGACGCAGACACUUUUGCAGCUGGAAAAUGUUUUCCAUGCGCUCAGGACAAAUGUCCUCUGAUGGGUCGCUACGCUGACAGGAUUACUCUGACCAACAUCACAAAUACCAAAUACUUCCUCACCACCGGAAGCUCGGCACCCUUUGGACGAUACAGUUACAGUGUUAAAGUCACUUUGGAUGGUCCCAGCUGGUCCAAUCCAGGAUUUAUGUACGUGUCUUUAGUAGGAGACGAAGAUAGUACUAAAGAUUUCCAGCUGCACAUGGGCACAAUGAAGCCAGGUAAGACAUAUGAAGUUCUGGUUCACGCUGAGGUUGACGUGGGCGAUGUGAGCGAGGUCAGAUUUUACUGGAACAACCACAUCUUCAACCCUUUGAACCCCAAGUAUGGUGCUUCCAAGGUGGAGCUACUGAGGGGCAAAGACAAGAAGAUAAUACACUUCUGUGGGAAGGAAAACGUGGCAGAGAAAGUGAUCCAAACUAUUCUUCCAUGCCAACCUGAACAAGCACAGUGAUGCAAGUCCAUUAACAAAGAUUGAAAUACAUCUUUAAUAAACGUGUCUUCAGUACUUUACCAUUAUUGAUUAAAUUCAUGUAAUAAAUACAUAAAUACACAA